AUGCAUCUCUUGCAAACGGCUGCCUGUUUGACCAAGCAACCCCCCAAGGAAUUUCUUCCGUCAACCGGAAAAGACGGACGCAAAAUCGAAUGCCGCUAUCUCUGUUACACCUCUGAAGAUGUAGAUGUUCCUGACGGCUUGAGUGGCCAGGGCUCCUGGGGCGGUGGAGGUAGCAAGAAGAAGACCUGGGGCAGUGGUGAUAAUGGUGAUGGUGAGAAGACCUGGACUGGUGGAAAUGACAAGUCUGGGACAGCGGUGGCGACGAUCAAGGCCUCUGGAUUGGAUGUAGGUGUCAGUGGCCAGAAGCCUUGCAGCGGUCGUGGUCGUGGCAGCGAUGGUGACGACCGGAAAACCUUGAGCGGUACAAACGACCCUGGCAGGGCUAAAAGUCCGCUGGAUCAGAUAAUGGGUGGCUAA